UUAAAAGCCGGCAAGAUUGCAAGAUUCAGUACAUGUCGCUGAGCAAACUGCACAAGUUCGUCGAUUUGGAUCAGCUACCAGAAGAGCUCGGUGGUCAACUUCCUUACCAACACAAGCAGUGGGUCAAGAACCGAUUGAGGAUGGAAACGUUUGGGAAACGGUCGCAGAUGAUUCUGGCCAACUUGUCGGAAGUGCGCGGCCAACUGGAACGCGGCUGCGAGCUGCAAAAGAGUGACGGCGGCUUCCGCAUGAUCGAUUGGAUGGUCUCGCUUGGCACGCUCUACCGCAAUUGCCUAGCCAACGUCCGCAAAGUCGAACAAAACGGAAGAAAACUCUACAAACAACUGGAGACGGAUGAAGAGUCGGGGUUCCGGCUGGCCAGGACAGAUGGAUCCGUCACAGAGUACACGACCCAGUGUCAGCGACUCGUUCAGGAAGCCUUGGCCGGAAUACGCGGACGCGUGGGCGAAGCUGAACAAUUGUACGCCGAACUUCAGUGCGGCAUCCAGCACGCACGCGAAAUCCGACGCCUGGAGGCCGGAGUGGAGGCAGUCACAGGUUGGGUACUGGGACCAGGCGCUGAUCUCCUCCGUCAGCUGAUUCUACGCGGAAUCGGCCAGGAUCCCGACUCAGUCCUGGUGCUCCAGCAGGAACUGGAACACCUAGAGCUCAAGUGUCGCGAUACCUAUGCCAAAUAUGCGGAAGUGCGCCAUCGACUGGGCUUCCUCUUCCGGUCGCGCUGCAUCCUGCCCAGUGACAUCAAGCCGAGGCGUAGUUUCAUGGACUCGGUGUGUCGGACGUUUGCCGGUCUACUGGAACGACGUCGGCGCGUCCUCAUCACGUCCUACAAAUUUCACCGCCUUCUAGCCGAGUUCCAUGUCAAAUUGGCUGACGCUUUGCGGGCCGUUCAGUCGUCGGAGGUGGGCGAGGAUCCAACAAAAGCUGAAGGUGCCAUGAAUAUGUUGGACGAGUUCCAGCAAUCGAUCGACGGACUGUGCGGCGAAGUGGAAUCGGAAGCGCAGCGUUUGCUGGACCUGUUGGUUCUUCCGCCACGCGAUGCCGUCGGACGGGAACUGCAGGGCUACGACCACCGACGUGAAAGGCAACACGUUCAGUUCUUUCUCAGACGGGUUCAAGACGGCCAGGGACGUCUGCAACAUGCCUGGAGCAUGGAACGGCUCAGGUUGCGAAGAAUUAUUGAAAUAUCAACCUGCGAAAGAGAUUCCCAACAGGCUUUGGCGUGGCUCGGCGACUUGUGCAACGUCAUGAAGACCUCGAGGGGUCGAGUGGGAUGCAACCAAACUGAAGUCCAAGUGCUCAAACAGCAACAGUCUAAAUUUCAAGAAACGGCCAGGGGAGCUUAUGAGUACGGCAUGGGUUUACUGAUGGCCGCUCUUGUUCUGCGUCGCUCGGCCAGCCUGUCGCCGGACCGUAAUCGCCAGUUGGCCGCCAUGCUCGGUUCCGUCUGGAACCGCCUCUUGGCCGCUAUUCGCGAACAGAUGACGCGUCUCAGAGUGGCUGGACUGUUCUAUCGUGACAUUGCACAGCACGAAGCCGAUCUGAAUGAUCUGGUCAACUCCGAGAGUGAAACCAAAUGGACGAAAGAGAAUGGAGGCGAUUCUCCGGAUGCCGAGCAAGUCUUCCGCACUCUGGGACGGACCGUCCGACUUGGUCGGCUAUUGCAGCGCAAGAUUCUCGAGCCUCUAUUACCAGGAGAAGGGUUUGAUGGAUGUCCGGAAAAUCAACAAGCCGUUCAGGUGAUUAGCGAGAGGAUCAGUUGCGUGACGGAUUUAGCCCAUCGGUUGGACGUGGCCUUGGGUAACCGUACAGACUCGUACGUCGAUACCUACAUCAUGGAUGACAGCGUCUUCGACAUGGAGGAGAUCGACGUCGAAGUUGGUUUCGAAGAAUCCGAAAACAUCAGUCCCGAUUCCAGCCCCAAGGAUGAGGACGCCAGCAAAUCGUCCUGCUAUCAAUCAGCAUCGUCCAACUGCAGCUGGAACAGCCUCAGUCCCGGCCGGAACAUUGUUUCAAAAACGCUGGAACAGCUGGACAUGAAGCCAAUGGAUGACUUCCGCGAUUACGUCAAUUUCACGCCGACGCCCUCAAAACUCUUUUUGCAGACUUGCACACCUUCGUCGGGCGUGGGAUCGUCUACUUCUGGGGGUUCCAUCGGCGGACUAUCGCCCAACUCGUCGGAAGACAGCGGAUUCGGAACUGGACUCAGAGUCUAUAACGGCAGCGGAUCCAGCAAACUGUUCGUCAAGCCGGACGAACCAAUUGCUACAAAUGCCGACACAACUACCAGCGUAGACAAAUCAAUGAAUAAAAUGGAUGACUUGCUGGGAGGGUCACGAUUCCGUAGCAGCAUUUGUUACGCCCGUUCAGCAUCUUGCGACUCACUCUUUUAAAAAAUUAAUAAUAAUAAUUGAAAAAAAAAAAAGACUCAAUUCAAAUGGAAAUAAUUAUUUUGCAAAUCACUCAAGAGUUUAAGGUCGCUUCGUUUCACCUGUUUUUCUUUCUUUGUUGGUUUUCAUUUUUUUCUUUUUUUUUGUAUUUUCACUUCCAUGGUUCUUGUCAUAACGCGCCGCACUAACUGUUUGCCAACGUUUUCAUUCCUCCAGAGAUAAGAAUAAAUUAUAUUAUUCUAAAA